UACUACCUUACACAACACAGUUAACAUGUUUUAAGUUACAUUAAUAAUUUUCUUUAGUUGUCAUAAUACCACAAGAAAUUUGAGAGUUCAGAUAGAACAUAAAAAAGCAAAUGCCUUGUUUUUUUUAAUAAAUAAAUUAGGCUUUCUUAGUGGACAAUCUAUAUCCAUCAGAGGCUAAUCAUAGUGUAUUUCUCAAGCAAUAAAAUUAAAACUCACUUCAUAGUAAGUGCUUUUUUUAAAUGUCUUUUUUUGCAGUAUUUAGGCUACAAGUUGUCUUUAACUUAAUUGAAGUAGAAAUAGUAUUUUAUUUUUACAUGUUACCAAAACAUCAAAUAUUCAAAUUAAGCAGUGUGUAAGUGUAAACUUAAUAUAUAUAAAAAAAUUGAAAAUGAAGGGAAAGAAGUAACUUUUUGUGGUUCACUCUAAGUUAAGAUGAUUGAAUAUUAUUACCUUAAUUUUGCAAAGGUUUAAUUUUACUAUUGCAUCCAAUGUCAUUCUCCUCUGCUUUUCUAUUUUUCCUAAAUGUUUGAUAUUUCCUCUCAAAAAGAAAAAAAAAAAAAGAAAUACAAUUAGGAAGAGUUUGUGUAAAUGUUUGUAAACAUAAAUAUUUCCCUCAGGCCUCAUGUGUAAUGGAUGCAUUUUUAUAUUUUUAUUCUAUCUGAUGUGAUGCUGAAAAAAGUUCUCAGACAACACUGUGCAGUGCUGUUUUCGUACUGUUAGAUGUUGUUUUUACAAACAACUGAUGGAGCAAUAUUUCCUUAUUCUCUAAUUUUUGUUUUUCCUUACCAAUUCCUUGAAGCAUGUGAAGAUUUAAAGUUCCUGAAAAUAUAAAUAGCUUUCUCUUUAGUGUCUUUGUCCGUGUAUACAAAUGCAUUCUCACUCAUUCAAAAACCCUACACUAAAUGCAUUCCCCUCUGCUUGACUAGUAAAUUACAUUAUGUUUCCAUUAGAAUGUUACUGGAUACUACAUAUCCACACACUGGCCUGUUUUCAUCUGCAGAUAACAGCUUCUAGAUGCAAUGGUUCAGCUUAGAUAUCUGUUAGGAAUAUAUUACAUAUGCAUUUGAAAAGGUGGGGGGGAUGGCAUUCUAGCUUAUUGAUGGUUACAAGGCGUAUUUCUCUUUUCAGUAUGGCUAACAAGAAUAGUACCCUCCGCUGUACUUUCUCCGCCCCGAGCCAUAGUGCCACUCUCCUCCAGGGCUUGUCGGUUUUGCGGGCUCAGGGUCAGCUCCUGGAUGUCGUGCUGGCGGUCAAUGAAGAGCACUUCCAGGUCCAUAAAGCAGUGCUGGCCGCCUGUAGUGAUUACUUCAGAGUUAUGUUUACAGGAGGCAUGAGGGAGUCAAACCAAGACACCAUUGAGCUGAAGGGUUUGUCAGCCCGAGGGCUGAAACAUAUCAUCGACUUUGCCUACAGUUCAGAUGUAACUUUAGACCUGGACUGUAUUCAGGACGUUCUGGGGGCUGCUGUGUUUCUCCAGAUGGUUCCUGUAGUGGAGCUUUGUGAGGAAUUUCUUAAGUCUGCAAUGAGCGUCGAGACCUGCCUUCACAUUGGGCAGAUGGCCACCACGUUCAGCUUGUCUUCCCUCAAAGAGUCCGUGGAUGCCUUCACCUUUUGUCACUUCCUCCAGAUCGCUGAAGAAGAGGACUUUCUGCACAUUCCUAUGGAGCGCCUCAUCUUCUUCCUCCAGAGCAACAAGCUUAAGAACUGCAAGGAGAUCGACCUCUUCCACGCUGCCAUAAGGUGGCUCCAGCAUGAUGAGUCCCGCCGGGCUCAGGCGAGCAGCGUCCUCUGCCAUGUGCGCUUUCCACUCAUGCUCUCCUCAGAGUUGGUAGAUAGCGUUCAGACGGUGGACAUCAUGGUGGAGGAUGUGCUAUGCCGCCAGUAUCUCCUCGAGGCCUUCAAUUACCAGAUCCUUCCCUUCCGACAGCAUGAAAUGCAGUCCUCACGGACGCUCAUCCGCUCUGACGUGUUGUCCCUCAUCACCUUUGGUGGGACCCCCUACACCGACAACGAUCGCACAGUGAGCACCAAAUCUUACUACCUUGCUGAUGCUGCAUCCCGUCAGUUCAAAGAGCUGACAGAAAUGGAGACAGGGUGCAGCCAUUCCUGUGUUGCAGUGCUUGACAACUUUGUGUACAUUGUCGGUGGGCAGCACUUACAGUACCGCAGUGGGGAGGGGGCUGUGGACAACUGUUUCCGCUACGACCCGCAUCUUAACCAGUGGCUACGCAUCCAAUCCAUGCAGGAGGCUCGCAUCCAAUUUCAACUUAAUGUCCUGCAGGGACAACUAUAUGCCACUGGAGGCCGUAAUCGAUCUGGGAGUCUGUCUUCCGUGGAGUGUUAUUGUCCAAAAAAGAAUGAGUGGUCUUAUGUGGAACCGUUGAAACGCAGAAUUUGGGGCCAUGCUGGGACUUCGUGCAGAGAAAGGUUGUACAUUUCAGGAGGUUACGGGGUCUCGUCGGAUGACAAGAAAACGCUCCACUGCUAUGAUCCGGUAUUAGACCAGUGGGACUUCAAAGCCCCCAUGAAUGAACCCAGAGUGCUUCACGCCAUGAUCAGCACCCAACAACGUGUUUACGCUCUGGGUGGCCGCAUGGACCAUGUGGACCGCUGUUUUGAUGUGCUGGCAGUUGAGUAUUACAGUCCAGAAAGUGACCAGUGGACGACUGUCAGUCCCAUGAGAGCAGGGCAGUCCGAGGCGGGCUGCUGCCUUCUGGAUGCUAAGGUCUACAUUAUAGGGGGAUAUAACUGGCACCUGAACAACGUCACAAGCAUUGUUCAAGUCUACAACACCGAGACGGAUGAGUGGGAAAGGGAUCUGCACUUUCCAGAAUCCUUUGCUGGCAUCGCAAGUACGCCGAUUAUACUUCCUCAGAGCACCACACAACGCUGAGCUCCUGACCUGCAACUGUGAAGACUAUUGUUCUCUGUGCCCUUCUACUGCCCAGUGGAUUAAAUGAAGGUGUGAGCAUCUUUCCUACACAUUGAUGAAGGUUUGUUUUUUAGUUUUUUAGGCGUCAGUUGACAUAAACUUGUUAACUUUUUUUUAAUAUAGUGUAACAAAUUUAAGAAACUUUAUUUAAGUUUUAGGAAUUAUAGCUAUGACUGCUGAUGAUCAGGUUUUAUUGAAGAGGCAAGGUUUUAGAUAAGCUAUUAAUCAGAGUAAGUGCAGGUCUGAAAAUUUAUUAAUCCAAUCAUAAUUAUUACAGAGUUCUUGUAGAAAAGGCUAGACCGAUUACCCUGGUCUAGUUAACCAUGGAAAAGAUUACAAAAUCUUUACAGCCUUUAUUUUUUAUUUUUUUUUGUCAAAUGUUUUAUGUCUUUCCCUCUGUCCUUUUCUUUUGUGUCCUCCCAUUUUUCCUUAUUUUUGUCCACAUUUUCCUCCUUUCUCUCUUCCCUCCCUUAUGUCCAUUUCUUUUUUGUGUGUUUUUUGUUCCUUGUUUACGAACUCCCUCAAGUCACUUCUUUUUUUGUUCUCCUCUUCCUUGCACCCUUACUUCCUUGACCUGUGUCCUUUCUUCUUUUCCUUUUUUUUUAGUUCUACCUCCAUUAGUUGGGAUUUUCCUCCUUUCCUUUCUCGUGUCCUACAUUUGUUCAUUACUUGUGUGCUUCCUUCCAUGCUUCUCUACUUCCCAUUCUGCACCCAUUCAUUCCUUGUAAUUUUCCUUUUGUACUUUGAGUCAUUCAUUAUUCCCUUCCUUUCUUGUCUUUCCUCCAUUUCCUUCCUUUGUUUGUUGUUUUUAUUCUUUCUCUUUUGUCUUCCUUCCUUUCAUUUUUUGUCCUCCCUCUUGUUGUUCUGUUCAAUCCUUUAUGGAGUUUUUUCUGUUCUGUCAUUUCAUUCCAUUCUAUCUUUAGGACUGCACAGUGGCACAGUUGGUAGUUCUGUUGCCUUGCAGUAAGAAGGUUCUGGGUCUCUCUGCAUGGAGUUUGCAUGUUCUUCCUGUGCAUGCGUGGGUUCUCUCUGGGUACUCUGGCUUUCCCCCACAACCCAAAAACAUAAAUGUCAGGUUAAUUGGUCUCUCCAAAUUCUCCCUAGGUGUGAGUGUGUGUGUGAAUGGUUAUGUGUCCUGUAUGUCUCUGUGUUGCCCUGUGACAGACUGGUGAGCUGUCCAGGAUGUACCCUGCCUCUCAGCCGGAACGUUAGCUGGAGAUAGGCACCAGCACCUCUUAACCCCGCCAGGGACAGGGGUCUUAGAAAAUGGAUGGAUGUUCUAUCUUUAGUCCUUCCUUGUAUCCUGUUUCUUUAUACAGUAUGUGAAUCCUGCUAUAAAUUGAUGAUGAAUGUUUGAAUUUUAUAUUUUAAGAUGGUGAUAAAACUAAGUCUGAAAUCUUUAUACAUGUAGGAACACUGUUCUUAAACGCCUGGCAAUUUAGAAAGUGUAUUAUCACAGCCCAGUUAACUGGUGUAGCAUUAGUUAAAUUAUAGUAGAUUUUCAGAGGAAAAUAUUACUUUAAUUUGUAAAUGUGAUAAAAAGCAAUGAAGGGCUUACAUUACAAAAGGCACAUCAGAUAUGACAUUCCUUUGAAAAUCCGCAUUUAAAAUGUUGGACAAUUUGAUUGUACAGAAGUUUUAUUUGUUAUGCUGUUUAAUUUUUGAAACAAUUUAUCUUUAAGUCAGUUACUGUAGAUAUAUCCUAAUCAACAAGCUGCAUAUCAGCACAUAAUGUUGGCACAAAAACAAGAAUAGGAUGAUUUACAGUUUAAAAUGUGUUCCACAUGAUUUUACUCUUCAUGUGAAUGUCUUUCUGAUUUCUGAUGUGUCCUAAAAUCUCACACAACUGCAGACCUCUUGCGGCAGCUACAUGAAUAAUUUAUUUGUCUUAAUACAAUGUUUUGCAUAUUUUUUUUCUCUUUCCUUGAAGCUUGUUCACUUAAUUUUUACAGUUAAAAUUUUUCUGCAUUCUUUGCACUUUUGUAGCUGUGUUUGAAAUAUUGUGUUUGUACAUGACCUAAAUAUUUGUUUUUACUUUAAGAAGCAAACCUUUUGUCUUUUCCUUUUGAACUUGACCACCUCCAUGAUAGUGAGGGUUUUUUGUGGAAAAAUGUCUGCUGUCUGCUUGCCUAAGCGUGUCUUUUUCUACCUGUACCAAUCAAAGCACAUUAUAUUGUCAAAGUGCAAUACAGUGAAAACUGAUGUACUCCAGGGGGAAUGUACAAGUUUGCAUAGCUUCAUGUCAAUUCUUUAUUAAAGUCAAUAGUGUUUUAAAAAUGUAAACUUUUUGUCUGUAUUGGUUUUAUGAAUAUGUUCUGACACUUCUCCUGAAUUAAAAAAAACAAAAAACAAACUAUCACCUAUACCUCUGUUCUAGAGAGGAGCCAAUCUGAAAUUUUUGAAUGACUUUGAAUAUAGGGUAAAUAUUCUUUUUCAUUAUGUUGGAUUUCUUUUACUUAAUUUACAAUUUGUUGUGAAAUGUGACAA